AUGGCCACAAACAUCUCCAACGAUCUGGUCUGGCAGAUCACCCGCAACCAGAACUCCUACCUGGUUAAGCGCAACAGCGGCGGUGGUACCCAGUUCUCCCGUGACCCCCUGAACGUGCUCAACAAGCACUCCUACAAGUACGCCGGCUAUGCCAACAACAAGGCUAUCGGUGUCCAGGGUACCGAGAACGGUGUUGCCGUGACCACCAAGAAGCCCACUAACCCCCAGCAGCCCGCUAAGAACAUUGUCACCGUCACCUAUGGCCCUAGCACUGCCACCCGCAAGAUCUACAAGGGUGUUGCCGACAAGACCGCCAAGCACGGCUACCGUGCUGACAUCCGCGAGGAGGCUGUUGCCCGUGUGAGCGCCAUCCGUCGCUCGCAGCUCCCCAAGAAGGACACUCCCGCCCAGAAGCCCCGUGGUGCCAAGGCCCGCAAGGCUGAGGAGUCUGAGUAAAUGCAUUUACCUGAAAUGACCUAGA